AUGCGUGCCUGUGGCGAGCUAAAACUAUUUUCCGUUGUAGGCCGUAAGCUCCCAACACCUAAAGAGCCGAAGCCUGUACCUUACAGAAUGCGGAUAUUCGCUCCGAACUCGGUUGUAGCCAAAUCACGUUUCUGGUAUUUCAUCAGGAAGCUAAAAAAAAUGAAGAAAGGUAGCGGUGAGAUUAUUUCUUGUGAAAGAAUACACCCAAGAAAGCCACUAAUGGUCAAAAAUUUUGGGAUUUGGCUGAGAUAUGAUAGUCGUUCUGGGACGCAUAAUAUGUACAAGGAAUAUCGCGCAUUGACAGAGGAGAAUGCCGUCACUCAAUUAUACCGCGAAAUGGGUGCUCGUCAUCGUGCUCGAGCAGAGUCUAUCCAAGUGAUUAAAGUGGAGUCGAUACCAGCAUCUAAAUGCCGUCGUCCAUGUUGGAUAUUGGAAGGCCUGUACAACCUUGAGAGUGGCAGCAAUUUGAUUAACUUUGACAUUUGCUUGUCGUUUGGUUGCUUCUCCGAGGCUGACAUGAAAAAUCCAAUCGAUUUAAAAACUGAAGCUAAUGAGCUUUUUAAAAAAGGGCUAUACCGAGAAGCUAUUGGCUUAUAUGAGGAAUGCCUUGGUUUAUGUGGGGUUGAUAAGAGUAUGAAAUUGGUGUUACAACGCAACAAAGCCCAGUGUUUUCUAAACCUGAGAAACUUUAGUGACGCCCUGACGGCUGCCCUGGAAGCUCUCAGUAUCUCUCCUGGUGAUCCAAAGGCGCUCUAUCGUUGUGCACAAGCAUAUGAAGGUAAAGGAAUGUUAAAAGAAGCUUUAGAAACUGGAAGAAGGCUUAUUCUAGUUGACCCUAAGAAUAAAGCAGCUCAGAAUCUGACUCACAAACUGGAAACUUCAGUUGCUUCGUACGUCGCAGAAUCUGAAAGCCUUACAGGGAAACUAAACAAGAUGUUCGACAUCGUGAAUGACAACUCCAGCUCUGCCGAUCAAAUAGAACAGGCUAUAGUUAAUUUAUCUAUCUUGAUAAAAGAAAACCCUAAAGUUGCAAGUUCACUGAUCUGGACAAAUCCUAGUUUGUCGAAGAUUUAUUCCGUUUGCCGGAACUUUAAUCAUAAGUUGACUAUUGCUUGUCAUCGUUUGUUGGCUCAGCUUGUGGAAAAUGAGCGAGAUCGGGGUCUUACUGUUUUACAUGAACUUACACCACAGUAUUUUGUAAACGGGAUAUUUUCACGUAAUCCUGACCAUUCGCUGGAACGAUGUCGAUUUUUAAAUGCUAUAUUGGAAUCACUUACUCAGUUGAAAGCUUACCAUUGUGCUAAAGAAGCUGCAAGCGUUCGUGAGGAGACUGAAAGUAAAAAAGUCGCACCAUGUUCUUACCCGAAAUACAAGAUUGACUCUACAGUUGAAAAGCCAGUGGAGGAAAUUUUAACAAGUCUUCUUCGAUCUGUAAAUAGCUAUCGGUUAUGCCCCAAAACUCGAGACUAUAUUUUGGAAAUAUUGGUUAGAUAUGUACCAUCUGAUAAAGGUAUUGGAUGGUCACAGAAAAUUUUUAAAAUAGAAGGUGUUAUCGAUUCAUUACUAGAGAUAGCUUGUGCAAGUGGAAUAACUUCAUUAAAAAAUUGGCGUUCAUCUCGUAUUAAUAAACAUACCAAUAAAGAACUAAUUUCUAAUAAACAUGGAAUAUCAUGUCAAAAUUCACCAGAUGGAAUUCGUUUAGCUACUACAAGUGAUACACGCAUGACUGUAGCUUGUUUAUUAGCUAAGAUAUGGGAUGAUUUAACUUCAGACAAAAGUCGAGAUGAAUACACUAAAAUAUGCAAAGAUUUUAUCAUUGAAUUAUUCGCUGAUAACUAUAUAGAAAGUAAGGUUGAAGCUGCCUCAGUUAUUGGUACAUUAUUCCUCGGACCUUAUGAAGUUGGAUCAGGAAUAAUUUCUCAAGAAGGGAAUAAACUUUAUCAGACAGUUGCAUUAGAUACAAUUGUAAUUGCCACACAUAAGAAACAACAAUGUUUAAGUAUAAUUUCUAAAGCUGUCCCUUUAUUACAAUCAUUGUAUAAAAGUGAAAAUGAUGGUACUAGAAUUCGAGCACUUGUUGCUUUAUGUAAACUUGGUGCCGCUGGUGGUACAGAUGCUAGUGUGAAAAGUCUCACAGAAGGCUCUAAUCUACUUCUUCUCAAAGCAUGUCGUCGGCUAUUAUUGGGUAAACGACAACCAGAUCCUGAUGUAGAUGAUAUUUCUGCAAAUAAAUCAGCCGAUGUUCAUUUUAAUUCUGAAGGAGAAGUUGUUGUAGAUGAGAAUGAUGACGAUGAUGAUGAUGAAAUUCGAAUUGAAGACGUAUCAGCUAGUCAACCAGUGGAGAAAAAAAAGGAUAACAAACCUGUAAAUGGUUCUACUGCUAGUACUAUUCAUUUCGAUGAUUUAGAUUCUGCUCAUUGGGCUGUUGAAGGUAUGGCUUAUAUAACAAUGAAUGCAGAUGUUAAAGAGGAAAUAAUUAACGAUGGUCAUUUAGUGUCAGCUUUAUUACGUUUUGCUGAACAUUGUCAAAAAGAUUCAUCAUUUGCUUUAUGCAGUGUUUUAGCUCAUUUAACGAAUAGUUUUGAACGUCAACAAAUUGAACCUGAAAUCCUUGAAUUAGCGAAAUUUUCUAAACAACAUAUUCCAGAAGAUCAUCCAUACGACUCAGAUGCAUAUAUUCAAGAACGUCGUCAAAAAUUAAUCAAUAUGGGUUUAGCUUCUUCAUUAUAUCAGUUGACAAUGCGUAUAGCUACUGCUUUGGUCGGAACAAAUCAGGGUUUGUUCGAACUAAUUUCUCGCAUUUAUUUAGCCUGUUCCGAAUUAGUUGAAUGUCGUGGUAAACUUGUACAAGGUGGUUCUGGGAAAGCUCUUCUUAAAUUAUCAAAGAGUGCUUUGAAUACCGAUACAGGUAAAACGUUAGCUUCUCAAGCUCUUGCUCGUUUAACUAUCACUGCAGAUCCACGUGUAACAUUUCCAGGACAAAAGUCAUUGGAACUUGUUCGCCCACUGCUUCAUUUAAUUCAUGCAGAUUGUAAUGCAUUACAAAAUUUUGAAGGUCUAUUGGCUUUGACAAAUUUAGCUUCAUUGGGAGAUACACAUCGUUAUCGUAUCAUGGCAGAACAUGGAUUACCGUUAAUUGAUCACUGUCUUUUUGAAGAUCAUCCAAUGAUCAGGAGAGCUGCAACAGAAUGUGUAGCUAAUUUAGCUCAAUCUCAUGGCUUUGUUAUAUCUUCCGGUGGUACUAUUCCUUUGGAUGAUACAGAUUUAGCUAAGAAAUUAUCAUAUCUUACAUGUCCUACAGAACGUGUAAAAUUGCUAGUUUUAUAUUGUGGAGAACUAGAUGAUUUACUUCUUGUACGUGCAGCUUCUGGAGCUUUGGCCAGUAUGUCAUAUGAUCCAGGAAUUAUACGGAAAAUUACUAAUGUCUCCUCAUGGUUUGAGAUUAUUCAAACACUAGCUGGGCACUUUUCAUGCGCGUUACAACAUCGAGCCGCUCAUAUCUUGCAAAACUUUGUUCUACAUGGUGAACGAUCUCUUGGUGAAUACUUCUGCAAAUCAAACAUGUUUGAAGUUCUAUUAUCAUUGAGUCUAUUGCCAGAUAUCGAUCCGGCGGAUCAAGUGCUACUGGAUGUUAAACCUUUGUAUCCCGGGUGCAGUGAUGGACGUAUUCGGGAAUUAGAACAAAAAGAUCGUGAGAGCACAAGGGAAUGUUCUAAAAAAGCUUUAGAACGUUUAAAAGAACAUGGACUUGUGCAGAAAAUUCCGAACUAA